GUAGAUCCCAAUCUUAAUCUUGUGAAGGGACGGGGUGGUGCUCUUCUUCGAGAAAAGAUGGUUGAGGCGGCAUCCGAUAAGUUUGUCGUGGUCAUUGAUGACUCGAAGCUUGUGACCAGCUUAGGUGGAACUGGGCAGGCAGUGCCAGUGGAAAUUGUGCAGUUUUGUUGGAAAUACAAUACGAGCAGGCUACAAGAAUUGUUUAAAGAUGAAGGAUGUGAGGCAAAGCUCAGAUUAGAUCCAGAUGGAAAACCUUUUGUUUCUGAUAAUUCAAACUACAUCGUGGAUUUGUACUUUAAGACACCAAUACAGGAUUUAAGUGCAGCAGGAAAGGAAAUGUCAGCGUUGGAGGGAGUGGUUGAGCAUGGUUUGUUUCUCAACAUGGCUGACGAGGUCAUUAUUUCUGGGAAAGAAGGUUUGAGCAUCAAGACCAAGUGAGUUUUGUGGUGAUUUGAUUUGAGGCUUCUUUGUUUUUUAUUUAAUUGUCAGAAAUUU